AUGGAGACUGACCAAUCUGCCCUCUCCGGAAGCGGCGCCGUGCUGUUGAUUCUCAUACAAGUUGCCUCAAGAGCACUGACAUUCAUCGGCAACCAAUUCCUGCUUCGGUUUCUGUCACCGUCUCUGCUCGGCAUUGCGGUUCAGCUGGAACUCGUUUCAGUCACGAGCUUAUACUUUGCCAGAGAGAGUCUACGAGUGGCUUUGCAGCGGACGGGAUCGUUGACGACUGUGCCAGUGCUGCCGCCAGGAGGAGGUGUCGUUGAUACGAGCGACUCCAGCAAAAGCUCCUCAACAUCAGGCUCGACGAAAGACUCCACUGCAACUCAUGCAAAAGAGGCCCAGACGGUAAUCAAUCUAUCAUACCUAGCCGUGCUGCUCGGAUUCGGCAUCUCUACAUUCUUCGGCAUCUCGUAUCUCCAAAGCGCUCCUACGGAAGUCACUCGAAGCCCUUACUUCGACAUAUCGUUCCAGAUAUACGCGGUCGCUACGCUGGUCGAGUUACUUGCCGAGCCGGCGUUUGUGGUGAUCCAGCAGAAAGCGUUGUUCAAAGAACGGGCACGAGCAGAGACAAGUGCUGCAGUUGCACGAUGUCUCGCGGCUUGUUUGGCAGCUGUCCUUGGACACAGGAGAGGGUUGGAUCCUUCUAUCCUGCCCUUUGCGGUAGGCCAGGCUGCCUAUGCUGUGGUGUUGUUGGUUCUCUACUUUGUUCCGGUUGUGCAGAUAUCCAAGCGUGACAAGUUCAGCUUGAUUCCUCGAAGACUGGAAACCGAAGCUAAAGCUCAGGAACUGGGCAGCAGCAGCAGCCAACAAGAAUACUAUAUCAAUCUGUUUCAUGUCGACACCUUGGGUCUCGCCGCAACGAUGUACAUGCAGUCGAUCUUCAAACUUGUCCUCACGCAGGGCGAUGCGCUGAUCCUGUCGUUCUUGUCCACUCUUGCUGACCAGGGGGCGUUCGCACUGGCUUCCAACUACGGUGGCCUUUUGGCGAGGUUGGUCUUUCAGCCUGUUGAGGAGAGCAGUCGGAAUAUAUUCGGACAAUUGCUGUCGUCACCAACAUCGGCAUCAUCAUCUUCUUCGGCGGCAGCGGGAGAAGCACCGUCGUCCGCAAACCGUGACGGUAGAAACCAGACCGGAUCCGCCGAGGAGAAAGGAACCGGCACUGGCGAAAAGGACACCGACACCGGAACGACGACGAAGACGAAGCCAAAGACCACGACGCAAAGAACUUCCAAGAUCCCCAUCCCCAUCCCCAUCCCCAUCCCCAACCAGCACCGUCAAGCCUUGUCCUAUCUAGCCACCACUCUGCACUUCUACUUCCUCAUGGCUCUACCCCUACUCGCCAUCGCACCAUACAUCCUCCCCAUGCUUGUGCGCCAAGUCAUCGGCGCGGACUGGUACACUGAUUCCACGGCUUCUCUCUUGUCCGCUUAUUGCUACUACAUCCCCCUGAUGGCGGUGAACGGGAUCCUCGAUGCGUUCGUCACUUCGGUCGCCACGCCCGCUCAACUGCGUGCCCAGUCGGGCUGGAUGAUGCUCUUUACGGCGCUGUAUGGUGCAGCCGCGUGGCUACUGCUGAAAAAGUUUGAAAUGGGUGCGGCGGGGCUGGUGGGCGCCAAUAUGGUCAAUAUGGUCUUGAGGAUCGUUUGGAGUCGUUGGUUUAUUCGGCGGUGGAUACGGAAUGAUGUUGAAGCUAACAGCGACACGGGGAGGGGUGGCAGUGAUAGGGGAACAGCAGCAGCAGCAGCUACAUUGCUACAGAAGGAAAUACUGGCAGAAGCACUUCCUGCAAAGACGUGUUUGGUGGUUGCUGCUUUGGUCGGGUUGGAAUUGAGUAUGGCUACCACUACAGCUCCUAGCACAGGGACGUAUACUGGCACAGGACUGGAUCGUCAGUUGUUGGGUUUGGUUGUGGCGGCAACUGUCUUGUUGGGUUCGACUAUGUGA